AUGGAAAACCACCACCUCUCCAGCUCGGCCCCCGAGUCCCAAGUCCUCAUCAUCAUGACCGGCGGCACAAUCUGCAUGCAGCGCUCGCCCGCCGGGUUUGUGCCCGCGCGCGGGUUUCAAGAAACCUGCCUUGCCAAAAUCCCCAGCUUCAACGAUGGGAGCGCUGGCCCGCAUAUGCCCAUGAAGGUUGUCGUGGAUGCGUCUGGGGAAACAAAAUCGUAUCCGAGUCUGCGCACGCCGCCCAGUUUGUAUGAGCGGCAGGUGCGAUAUACAGUGCUCGAGUUUGAGGAGUUGUUGGAUAGUAGCUCGAUUGACUCCAAGGGGUGGGCCGAGAUUGCGCAGGCGGUUUAUAAUAACUAUACGCUGUUUGAUGCGUUUGUCGUUUUGCACGGGACUGAUAGCUUGGCUUAUACGUGCUCGGCGCUGAGCUUCAUGCUGCAAGAGCUGGGAAAGCCCGUCAUCCUGACCGGAUCACAGGCGCCCAUGCUGGAGCUACAAAACGACGCCUCGGACAAUCUACUGGGCAGCCUGGUCGUGGCCGGCCAUUUCAUGAUCCCCGAAGUAUGUCUCUACUUCAACUACAAGCUGUUUCGCGGGAAUCGAGCGACCAAAGUGGCUGCCAGCGACUUUGCCGCCUUUGAUUCGCCCAAUGCGCCGCCCCUGGCUGUCACCACGUCGAUGCGCACGCUGGUCAACUGGGAUCUCGUGCGUCGGCCGACCAGCCUCGAGCAUUUCAGCAUCCGCACCAACUUGGACACCAGCCACGUCGCCUGUCUGCGCAUUUUCCCGGGGAUUCAGCCGGAAAUGGUGGAUGCGGUGUUGAGGCUGGAUGGGUUGCGAGGGCUCGUGCUGGAGACGUUUGGUGCGGGCAAUGCGCCAGGAGGGAAAGAUAAUGCCAUGACCAAGGUGCUGGCUAGUGCGAUUCAGCGCGGGAUUGUCAUUGUGAAUAUUACCCAGUGUCUCUCGGGCCAUGUCAGCCCAGUGUAUGCGCCCGGCAUGACGCUAUUCCGAGCAGGCGUUGUGGCUGGACAGGACAUGACGACAGAGGCAGCGCUGACCAAGAUGGCGUACCUCCUGGCGCAGCCCGAGUCGACGCCGGAAUCAGUGGCCAAGGAGAUGGCAGUAUCGCAUCGCGGCGAGCUCACGAAUCACUCCCAGACAGUCUUUCGGCAUCCGGACGGGGCGCUGUCGGCGCGACUGACGGCCCUGACAGCGCUGGGGUAUGCGAUUGCGCAGGGGGAUCUCGAAAAGGUGAAGGAGCAGGUGCAGGCGGAGAAUAUCUGGAUUCUCAACGACGCCGACUACUCGGGCAACACGCCGGUGCACAUCGCGGCACACUCGCCCUCGCUGGAGAUCCUGCGAUACUUUCUGCUGCAAGGCGCAUCGGUGCAUCUGCGCAACAGUGCCGGGCGCACGCCGCUCUUCCUGGCAGCCAGCGCCGGGCUGUCGGAACACGUGGUGCUGCUGCGCAAGUCCGGGGCGCAUCUGCACGGCGACGAGCGGCCAGUAGCCGAGAUGCAGGCGCGCCAGCGACCGGGGGUGUGGGCGCAGGCCGGGGUGCGCGCAAAGACGCUCAAGGAGCGCGAGCAGGACGAGGCGGAGGACUGGUCGUGGACGACGAUGGCGGGGUCAGCGCCGUGA